AUGCUCCCGUUCGUCCGACGUCUGCGUGACGUAAUUCGGCUGCACAAGGCGCUGCGGCUUGAGGAAGACUACAAGCUACCGAGCCGCCUUCGCGUUGGUGAAGUCGAGGGGCUCUGUGUGUUGCUGCGCCGGCUCGCGUACCCUGGACGGUACGGGGAUCUUGCUGUGAUGUUCGGCAGGUCGCCCAGUGCGCUGUGCCUGAUCUUUCGCUUCAUGGUGGACCUAAUCUACGCUAAGUGCAGCAAGCUUCUUGCACGCGGCAGUCCUAUCGACAGGUGUAUCGGCUUCAUUGAUAGCACGGUGGGUUCUUUCGAGGCUUCUGAGGCGAGACCUUGCCGCACCUUUGGCUGUCCCGAUAAGGGCACAAAGACAUGGUCAGCAAAGGAUGAUGAGUACGACACUUCAGAAGAGAGAGUUGACAUCAAGGUGCCUGGCGCAGAGAAGCUUAAAGGUUUAAUCACGUCUGGGACUACAAAGCUGAAAAAAUUCGCAAGCAGGGUGAAGAAUAGACUGGCUUUCAACAACCAGAAAGGCACCGAAGACAGCGUAGCGAAGCUCGGUGUCGGAGCAAUGGAGUCGAAACGUACAGACACUGCGCUCGCUCAAUCUGUGAUCACCAUCAACAAUAAAAGACCUGAGCUGAACGAGGAGGCAUUUCAUUCAGCACUGACCGCUAAGUAUGACGUUGAAGCCCUGACCAAGAUACUGGUAGACGCACAGCGCCCAGGCGCAUCGAAAGUUGCUACUAUGGUUGAAGCCAUCCAGUUCGAUAACUGGGUUACUCAAAAGAAAACGGCGGGAGAUAUCUACAACCUCCUGAAGCUAAAUGUUGAAGAUGUUGAUGUUUUGGUAAACCCAUUGCUGCCCACCUGGAUCUCGUUCGUGAAGACCAAGCUCAAGGAGGAUCCGUACGAUUUCUUGCUGCUCAAACUGGCAAAGCAGUACGAAGAAGACGCACUACAUAAAAGGCUGAUCGCAGCCAGCACUACGGCCAGUACGAGAGAUAUUGCUAGCGGUUUGGAGUUUGCGCAGAUAAAGAAAUGGCUGACCACAGGAAAAGCGGAAGAUGACGUCUUGAAGAUUUCACUUGUACCUGCCGACAAGGAGCUCGGGCUCUUGAAGCACCCAGCUCUACAAACCUUUAUCUCCUACGCGACUAAGCACCAUACACUGGAUCCGUAUGAGUUUUUGGUACUCAAGUUGGCGAAGAGGCACGGCGAAGACGAACUACCUAAAAUGCUAGUUAGGGCGAAGUCCGACUCUGAUUUGGUAUCCAUGGCUGUGAAGCUGGAAUCGACGCAGUUUAAAAUCUGGAAGGAGAAAGGUAAAACGAGCGAUGACGUUUUUAAGAUGCUUCGUCUAGACAUUGACCAGAGUAUCGACACACUGAAGAGCCCAGGCCUAGUUUCAUGGUUCUCGUACGUGAAAAAAAUUAGCGAAAACCCGACCGAAGUGCUGUACCGAAAAUUGGAAAUACGUUUUAGCGAUGCAGAGAUACUGAAGAUGUUUUUCGCUGGGAGGAAGGACGGCACUUUAAAGUUUUCGUUGGGUCCAAUGGUCCGCUUGAUCAAAGGCAAUUGGCUGGGUCAAAAGAAAACUGCAGAAGAUGUCUUCACCGAUCUCUCCCUACACAAAGAUGGCAUUAAUUUUUUUGAAAACCCGAUACUGGUAACUUGGUUCACCUACGUAAAAAGUAUGCACAAGGAGGAAGCAGACAACGUGAUGUCGUCGGUGAUGACGAAAUAUUACGACGAUGAAACACUGAAGAAGAUGGUUACCCACAGCUCGAUAACAGGGAAUCUUAAAGCCACGGCAGCACAAGUGGCGUCUGCACUGUGGUUGCGCGAAGGAAUGCCAGCACACGAGGCCUUUAAGCUGUUGAGGCUAAGCGGGAAAGGCGACAACGCUUUAUCGGAUCCCGCAUUUGGUACAUGGGUCUCAUACUUUAACAAGUUGCAAGGCAAGAAGAUGAAUCAAGACGAUUCAAGCAAUGGAUUUGGGAAAAGCAUUGGAAUCCGAAAGAACUUAGCUACGCCCACAUGA